AUUGGAGAAUAAACACACUAGUACACUUGUAGCUUUUUUCUCCACCAAGAACCGGAGUUCUAGAAAAAGUGGGAAAAAAAAGACCCACUGUGUGUUUUCGUGUGUGUUUGUGAGAGAAACAAAGAGGACAAAAAGGGCCUUCCAUCAUGUUACCUGCUCUCCUUCUUUGUGCUUAAUUAUAUGGUGGUAGAGAAGUAAAGAUUAAAGAGUUUAAUCAAGCUGAUUACUACAUGGAAUGUGGCCAUGGGCCGGCGCAAGUUAACAGUAGCAACAGCUAUCCUGCGCAUAUGCUUCACCCCCCUAGGGCUUCUCAGUUCCCCAUGACUAUCACUCCUCAGAGUCAAAGAACCGAAUUCAACCCAGAAAACAACAUAAGCAUACCAGCAGUAAUCGAUUGGACUCAUGGUGGAAAGCAUGUUGCAAUUGAAGGAUCAUGGGAUAACUGGAGGACGAGGGAGUUAUUAGAAGGUUCAGGCACUCAUUUCUCAAUUCUUAAGGUGCUAAAUUCUGGUGUUUACUAUUAUCGUUUUAUCGUUGAUGGGGAAUUGACUUACUCUCCUGAUUUACCACACGAAAGUGAUGAGUUUGGGAAUAUUUACAACGUUUUGGACUUAAAGGGUUAUUACAAUGAAAACGUGGUGAGAGAUCAAGAAACCGAAUACUCUUCUUCCCCAAUAUCAAGCUACAACAAUGCAUCCUUCACUUUAGAUGAUUAUAAUGAGAAAUUACCCGAAAUGCCCCCGCUAUUACAACAUAUGCCUUUGAAUCAAGCAUCUUCUUCCACGAGCUAUGAAGGGGUUUUUCAGAAGCCUUUAUCGACCAAUUUGGAUCAUUUGUAUAUUAAGAGAGAUGGUAGCAGUCAACCCGUUGUUGCUCUGAGUUCUUCCCAACGAUUUCGGUCAAAAUUUGUGACAACGGUGCUUUACAAGCCAUUUAAAAAAGCAAGAGAGUAAUUAAUUGGAGCCGAUUCUUCCAUUUAAAAAAUUGGAUUCCUAUACAUAAAAUAUAUGUUUAUUGACUUGUAUGAUAGUUGUAAAAUGUUGUACCUUACGGUG